AAAAAUGCAAUGUACCAUCUGGAGAAAAAGUGGAAGAAGCUGAACAACCCAGUGAUAUAGAAGAAGGAGGAUUAGAUCUCAGUGUGUCACUCAAACCAGUCAGUUUCUACAUUGCAGACAAAAAAGAAAUGCUUCAACAAUGUUUCUGUGUCAUAGGGGAGAAAAAACUGCAGAAGAUGCUGCCUGAUAUUUUGAAGAACUGUUCCAUGGACGAAAUCAAACGGCUUUGCUUGGAGCAAUUGGAGCUGUUAUCUGAAAAAAAACUUUUGAAGAUACUUGAAGGCAAGUUUGGAGCUGAUUCUGAUACUGACGAGGAGGCAGGUGGAGGAGACAAGACUGGAAGUGAAUCAGUCAGUCAACAGGACAACAGUAUAGACUCUACUUCUUCUCUGAGAGAAGACAACAAGCUGGAAGGUCAGGAAUCAAAACAAGGCAAGGGAGAAGAUAGUGAUGUCCUCAGCAUAAAUGCAGAUGCAUAUGAUAGUGACAUAGAAGGCCCGUGCAAUGAAGAAGAUGGCCCAGAUGUGCAAGAAACCACUGCCAGAAGUGGAGCCAGUCAGAUAGACGACCUUCAGAAGGACAUUGAGAAAAGCGUGAAUGAGAUACUGGGGUUGGCAGAGUCCAGCCCAAAGGAGCCCAAAGCAGCCACCUUAGCCCUUCCUACGUCAGAAGAUGUUCAGCCAUCAGCACAGCAGCUGGAGCUUCUGGAGCUCGAGAUGAGGGCCAGAGCUAUUAAGGCUCUGAUGAAAGCUGGCGAUGUAAAAAACCACCCUUGAGAUUGUUCAGAUUUAAUUUCAGU